ACUGGAACAGUGUGGGAAGGGAAUGAAAUUCAAAUUAACUUUGAGCAUGAGCAUAUCACAAAAACAAUAUUAGUUUAGUGUAGCUUAAUCUACACCUACAUUCUCGGAACUCUAGAUUUAAACUUUCAUAACGGAAAAUAGCAUUGCAAAUAAUGUAUAGGCAGCAUAAUUAUUUAGAAUAAUAAUCUCACCUUACUAUUCAUUAUUCUUUUUUAUUUUUUUUAAUCAUAUACCGGUAGCCUAAUCUUUAAAACAAAUCAACAAAAGAAAUAAUAAAAAAAUAUCUUUCUAAUCUCAGUUUGAGGAAUCUUGAGAAAUGUUUGUUGUUUAUAAAGCGAGUGUUAGGAGUAGGCCGUUUGGGAAAGGGUUAGGGUUAGGGUCUCGCUGGGAGAAUAGUCCAUCAAAGGUCAACUGUACUGUAGUUUAAAGAAGGCCUAUCCUUACAGAAAUAGAAGGAUUACAGUGCCCUAAAUGUAAACGAUGAUGAUGGUGAAAUUAACAAUACCAUUAAAUCAUAUCACUUACGAUGUAGAAAUAGUCCCUUUUGUAAGAUGCUAAGCUUACUUCAAGACUUGGGCGUGAUGCCUCACUUGGGCAAACACAGGCCUACCCUUCUUUGUUUUCCAUGCCAUUCAUGUUGGCUGUCUGUGAUUAAUGAUAUUAAUCAAUCACUAUACAUUUUUGAGGAAGUAUAAAUAAAAAUUCCUAAACUUAUGCAACACAAAGAUGAAUGCCUCUGAUGUUGACCUCUUUUGCAUUCAGCUAUGCCAUUGCACAAUUUAGUAUGUAUUAAAUAAAUAGUGUCUCCCCAAUUUCAACAUAAUCUUACAAUAACAGCUAGCACACGGUACCUCGCGUGCACACCUACAGGGCUCUUUGAUGCAGCCGACACAAGAGAGGAGCUUCAUUCCUCACAAAACAGGCUCUGGUGACAUUUGUAUUGAAGGACAUUAGAUUAAUAUUUAGAGCAGGUUUUGUUUCCUUUAUCUGGUUUCACUGUUUAAAUAUGCUCUCUUACUAAGAGGUUUCUUAUCAAUUUGAGUAGGAGGUGUAGAUUGGAUAGAGGGGGGAGUUGAGGCUGAUAUUAAAAGUAUAAAAUACACUUUUUCCAUUCAACUUCUGUUCUUCAUGGUCAGCUUUAAGAUGAAGUCUGCUGUUUUACUGGUGCUUCUUGUGGCUUUCACAGAGGGACUUGUCAAAAUCCCUUUGUUCAGAGGCAAGUCUGCCCGUCAGGCUCUUGAAGAGGUUGGACUUUACGAAGAAUACAAGGCACAGUAUCCUCAGCCAAGACUUCAGAGAGGGCUGAAGCUGAACAACGUGCCUAUUACCUAUGAUCCACAGGUUACCUAUUAUGGCAUGAUUGGCAUUGGAAAUCCCCCGCAAUACUUCAAGGUGCUUUUUGACACCGGCUCUGCGGACCUAUGGGUGCCGUCCUUGAAUUGCACCCAUUACAGCUGCGGAAACCAUGCAAGGUUCAAUCGCUCGGCUUCCUCCACCCUUCAGAAGGGCGACGGGGACUUUACCCUGGAUUAUGUGUCGGGCUAUGUGAAGGGUGUGACGGCGUAUGACACCGUUCUGGUCGGUGACAUUUAUGUGGUGAACCAGCUCUUCGGCCUGACCUACUCGGGGGGGUCGUUCCUCAGGUACAUGCCCUGGGAUGGCAUACAAGGCCUGGCUUUCAUCGGUGCUUCCGCAUUGGGGGGGACUCCUCUCUUCAAAAACAUGUGGAAUCAGGGAAGGAUCACACAAAACCAGUUCUCAAUGUACUUGAGCAAAUCCGUGGAGGGAAGUGCUUUGAUCCUAGGGGGAGUGGAUGAGCAAUAUUUCACUGGACCAGUCAACUGGGUCAUGGUCAAGGAGGAGGACACUUACUGGACCAUCCAAAUAGAUAGCAUCACCAUCAACGGGAACACGGUGGCCUGCAGCGGCGGCUGCCUGGCCAUCGUGGACUCGGGCACGGCCCUCAUCACCGGGCCAACCAGGGACAUCGGCAACAUCAACGGCUGGGUGGGGGCCUACCAGGCAGGGGGCGAUCAAGCUUCAGUGGGCUGCAGUAACGUCGGGGUGAUGCCAGACCUGGUCUUCAACAUCGGCGGCAAUGCCUUUCACCUCCCGGCCUCAGCCUACGUCCUGCAGCACGGGACCAGCUGCCAAACCGGGUUUGAGUAUGUCCCUGGGUCGUGGAUCCUGGGCGAGGUCUUCAUGAGGCACUACUACACCGUGUUCGACGUCAACAACUCCAGGGUGGGCUUUGCCCUCGCCGUGUGAAUGUACACGUUGCAUGCUUGAUUUAUUAUUUAUGGGUUUGCUUUAGCCUCAUUUAUUUUCUCUCCGAACUAGAGACCAAUUGAGAGUUUAAGAUCUGGUUUUCGACACUCUUUCCGUAAUGUUGUCUUAAUGAUUAUUUGCUAUGAUAAAAUAUAAUGGCCCAAAAAAGAUCAGUUCAUUUUUAACAGCUUUGUUUUAUUUCUCUGGGUUGAGCUGUUUUGAUUGGUAUUAAAAAAUGACACUUGAACUGCAAUCAAGUAUGGUGAUUGUUCCCUGCUGUAACUUGGCCAACCACAGGGUGGCAGACAACUCUGAAAGCCUGCAACUCUGAGACCCGUGUGCCUUGGGGAGGGGCUUGGAGGAAUGAAUGAGUCAUCGCCCACAAAUUCAGGCUUAACAUGUACAACCACCUGCCAAUCACUGAUAGUCAACUGGCGCUGCUUCCAUCCCCAGCAAAACGCCAUCUGCAUGUGUGAUAAGUCUCUUUAGGAUGCUCUCUCUAUAGAAGAGAUGAGAUGUGUCUUUUCAUCUUCUCAAGCGAUUUUGUGAUGUUGUUUGGCCCUCAUACGCACAUAUUUAUAAAUCUUACUUGACAUGCACAUUUUUCUUAUUUCAUAAGAGGCUGGGAUGUAUAAAUAUCACCUUUCUUGUAGAACAAGACAGCACCAUAUUCCACACUUCUUAAAUUCUGUACAAUGUGAACAACAAUAGUAUCCAUCUGUGAACAACAAUACCAGAAUUUCUUUUUCAUUCUGCUUUUGCCUCUUCUCAAGCUACCUGAUUCUUUCUCC